AUGUAUGUGCGGUCGCACUUGCAUCACAUGGUUUUUGAGCUGGUGAAGAACUCAAUGCGCGCGACAAUAGAGUAUCACAAAAGACGGACUCUCGCAGCUCCUGCUGCCGUCAAUCAUUACAAGCAAAUCAUGAAUCCGAAGAGCCCAUCUUUAGGAUUUUUUCUUCCUUCGAUUGAAGACGUAUCUGGUGUCAAGAUAUAUCCUGACGUUAGCAAAUACAAGUAUGGAGGAGAGCUUCCACCCGUGGAGAUCGUCGCUUGCGUCGGAAGUGAGGAUCUAACUAUCAAAGUCAGUGACGAGGGUGGGGGUGUACCACGCAGCCGCUGGAAGAAGCUGUGGCACUAUGACUACACUACAAGUCCAUCUUGUCCACCGAUGAAGCCUGGUAGUUUUCCAAGCUAUAGGCAACACUUCAGUGGAGGUGGAUAUGGACUGCCAAUAGCACGGCUAUUUGCACGUUACUUUGGGGGUGAGAUUACCUUCACUUCGCUAGAAGGAUCCGGGUCGACUGGGUUCAUACAAGCGCACCGCCUAGGAACUAAUGCGGAAGUUGUUCCAGGUCAUGCGUCUUAUGACCUACCACCGCUUUACUCGUAA